CAUCCAUAUCUUCACCCAUUAAACUGCACUGCCCAUGUUUGUUUAUCAUUUUUUGAGGGAUAGCUUUAGUAAAUUGAGGGUUAUUGGGUUUUUCCUCAUCAUACUCUCGUCAAGUUAACAGUGACUUGAGGAUUGUAGAAUUUCAGUGGGCUUUAUUAUUGCUCUAUCGAAUGGUUUUAAAAAAUUUAUCAAAUCCGCGCUCAAAGUAAAUGAUAGUCCCUUGUAGUUACUAAAAUCCAUUCUUUUUCAUUUUUUAAUUUCACCUAUAUUUCGCUUUUAAGGAAUUUAAAUGCGAAAGUGGUGUCCAAUGUAUUAGUAAAUUCUGGCUUUGUGAUGGAGAUCAUGAUUGGUAAAUUAUUUAUAACUUUUUCUAAUCCAUUUAAAAAUUCGUUUAGCUUUGAUGGAAGCGAUGAAUUUAAUUGUGUUAAAAGCAAAUGUCCAGCUAAACAAAAAGUUUGCAAAGAUGGUCAAUGCAUUGAUGAAAAUCUUUGGUGUGAUGGAACAGAAGAUUGUCAUGAUGGUUCUGAUGAGAAAAACUGCACUUCACCAAUUAAAUUGUCAACACAAACUUGUGACUCCAAUACAGAGUAUACCUGUCCGGAAAGUCCGACACGGUGUAUUAAACUACAAGAUUUGUGUCGAAAGAAUCUGGAUUCAAAUGACUGCACGAAAUCUGUUUGUAAAGAGCAAAUAGUUAUUUGCAAAGAGAAUAGCAAUGCUUGUUCAUGCCGCAAUACAGGAGUUGGUACUGGGAAGAUUUGUCAUUGCAAUAGCGGUUAUCAAUUGAGUGGGGAUGUUUGCAUAGAUAUAAAUGAGUGUGAUCAAGUGGGAACUUGCGAUCAACUUUGCCGAAAUAUACCAGGUAGCUAUGAAUGUGAUUGCUAUCCAGGCUACAGACUUGCUGUUCCAACCAAAAAUAUGGAUAAACCUGUCCCUCACAAGUGUCGUGCUCGGGGAUCAGAUCCUUUGUUGCUUUUGUCAAAUCGUGCGGCAAUUCGACAAUAUGACAUUGUUACGAACAAAUAUCAUCCAUUGAUAAACAAACUUGAAUCUGCUGUGGCACUUGAUUAUUGGCACAAUAACAAGACUUUGGUUUGGUCUGAUGUUAGCAAAGAACAGAUUGUCAUUUGCUCGGGCAUAAAUGGUUUAGGAGAUCUCGCAACAUUUGAAAGUAUUAACAAUGCCUGUAAUGGACCGAAUUUGACUAGAAUUACUGAAGAUGUAACUACUCCUGAUGGUCUUGCAAUUGAUUGGGUUCAUGGACUUAUCUUUUGGACAGAUACAGGGACUGACACUAUAAAUGUAUAUGAUUUGAAAAAGAAAAAACGAACUACAAUUAUCAACGGUGAUGGUUUGGAUGAACCUAGAGCAAUAGCUGUAGAUCCUUCUGCUGGAUUAAUUUUCUGGACGGAUUGGGGCGAAACUGCACGAAUUGAGAGAGCUGGAAUGGAUGGGAAGAAUCGGAUGGUAAUAAUUAAAGGUAACACAAUUCGUUGGCCAAAUGGUUUGGCAAUUGAUAUUUUGGACAAAAGAAUCUAUUGGGCAGAUGCUAAAACAAAACAAAUUAGCAGCAGCGAUUAUUGGGGAAAUAAUAUUCGAACAAUUUUACAUUCACAUCAAUAUUUGCGUCAUCCUUUCUCCUUGGCAGUUUUUGAAGAACGUCUUUAUUGGACUGAUUGGGACCAAGAAGGCGUUCUCUCUGUUAAUAAAUUUCAUGGAGGAGAAGUUAAAAAGUUGAUGAGUGGAGUUACUGGCCCAAUGACUGUACGUGUAUAUCAUGAACAAGCACAACCAAAACAUGAAAAUAAAUGUGAAUUUAGCAAUUGUCAACACAUUUGUCUACCAAAAGCUUUAUACAAAGGCGAAUCGAAAGAUCGUGAAACUCCAUUAAAAGAACUUCCAUUUUCUUGUGCCUGUGAACGUGGUUUCCAGAUUGACAUUGGAAAUUCUUCUCUCUGUGUUCCUCUCAAUCCACUUGGAAUUAUUGCUGAUGCGGCGAGUGAAUCAUUCAAACACAUUAAAGAUGAUGGAAGUAUAAGUAUGGGUACUUACUUCUUUGGAUUGUUAAUUAUUUUUGCUGCUUUUGCCUUGUUAUAUACCUAUCAACACAGACGUCCACGCCAUUUUGCUGUCCUACAUUUUGACAAUCCAAUUUAUCGACGCACUGUUGAGGCAGAUUUGGAUGCUGACUUGGAAAAUGUUCCAGAUAAUUCUAUUGGGCCAAUUUCAAUUUUGCAUAUGUCUGGGAAUUCGUCGAAUCUAAAUGAUUCCCACAAUAGCCGUCAACAGUCAACAACGGCACUGGUAAUUUUUGAAUAUUUAUGGGUCCCAUUUUAA